AUGGGGUUCAGGCAUGGUGACUGGGCAACAGUCCAGUUCUUCUUCUCCUUAGCCCAUGAUUAUGAAUCCAUUGUGAAGUUAGUUGAAACACUGGAAAAUCUGCCGACCUUUGACCCAGUGGCUCAUCCUCACAUAAACUUCCACUACGCCUUUGCCCUCAACAGGAGAAACCUACCAGGAGACAGACAGAAGGCUCUGGACAUUAUGUUGCCAUUGGUGAACUCAGAUGAGCAGGUGGCAUCUGAUAUUUAUUGUUUGGUAGGGCGGAUCUAUAAGGAUAUGUUCCUGGACUCUCAUUUCACCGACACGGAUAGCAGAGAUCAAGGCAUGCACUGGUUUAGAAAAGGUUUUGAAUCUGAGCCCACGCUACACUCUGGUAUAAACUAUGCAGUGCUGCUACUGGCUGCAGGACAUCAGUUUGACUCCUCCUUUGAGCUGCGUAAAGUAGGUGUGAAGUUGAGCAGUCUCCUGGGGAAGAAGGGCAGUUUGGAUAGAUUACAGAGUUACUGGGAUGUGGGUUUCUUUCUCGGGGCUAGUAUUCUCGCCUGUGACAACACGCGAGUCAUCCAGGCCUCUGAGAAACUCUUCAAACUUAAAGCUCCCAUCUGGUAUCUAGGCUCACUGGUUGAGACCAUUCUCAUCUAUAAGCACUUUACAAAACCAACCACUGAUCCACAGGCCCCUAAACAAGAGCUUGUGGACUUCUGGAUGGACUUCAUGGUGGAAGCCACCAAAAAGGAUGCCACGUCGGUCCGUUUUCCUGUAUUGAUACUGGAGCCCACUAAAGUGUACCAGCCAUCUUACCUCUCAAUCAACAACGAUGUGGAAGAGAACACACUGUCCAUCUGGCACGUGACCCCUGAUGACAAAAGUAAAGGGAUCCACGAGUGGAAUUUCAGUGCAGCGUCAGUGCGAGGUGUGAGCAUCUCCAAAUUUAAUGAGCGCAGCUGUUUUCUGUAUGUGGUGAACAACUCAGAAGACUUCCAAAUCUAUUUCUGCACAGAGAUGCACUGCAAACGGUUCUGUGAUCUGGUAAACACGCUCACUGAGGAGGCCUGGAAAGGCUCGGAAGAGACUGAGUGUGAAUCAGAGGCUUUAGAGUAUGAUUAUGAAUACGAUGAGCAUGGAGAGAGGGCGGUUCUGGGUAAGGGGACAUUUGGGGUAGUCUAUGCCGGUCGUGACCUCAGUAACCAGGUGCGCUUAGCCAUCAAAGAGAUUCCUGAACGGGACAGUAGAUAUUCACAGCCUCUGCAUGAAGAGAUCGCCCUGCAUAAACACCUCAAGCACAAGAACAUCGUGCAGUACCUAGGCUCCAUCAGCGAGAACGGCUUCAUCAAGAUCUUCAUGGAGCAGGUGCCUGGAGGCAGUCUGUCAGCAUUGCUCAGGUCAAAGUGGGGUCCUCUAAAAAACAAUGAGCCAACUAUAGGAUUCUACACCAAACAGAUACUGGAGGGUCUCAAAUACCUGCAUGACAACCAGAUAGUACACAGAGACAUAAAAGGGGAUAAUGUCUUGAUAAACACCUACAGUGGAGUUUUGAAAAUCUCUGAUUUUGGAACAUCCAAACGUCUGGCCGGAAUAAACCCCUGCACCGAAACCUUUACUGGUACGUUACAGUACAUGGCCCCUGAAAUCAUAGAUAAAGGGCCGCGUGGCUACGGCAAGCCAGCGGACAUCUGGUCUCUGGGCUGCACCAUUAUAGAAAUGGCUACUGGGAAACCGCCCUUCUAUGAGCUGGGGGAACCGCAGGCAGCAAUGUUCAAGGUUGGGAUGUUUAAAAUCCAUCCGGAGAUUCCUGACUCUAUGUCCACUGAAGCCAAAGCAUUUAUCCUGCGCUGUUUCGAGCCUGAUCCAGACAGCCGAGCCAUAGCCAACGAUCUGCUCACCCACGAAUUCCUCACUGUUACAUCACGCAAAAAACGAUCAAAGAACAGCAGUUUCACAGCUCUUACACCAGGUCCUGAGUAUCUGCGUAGCAUAUCUCUUCCCGUUCCCGUUGUGGUCGAGGACACCAGCAGCAGCAGCGACUAUGGAUCCGUCUCACCUGACAAUGAGCUCUGCACAAACCCCUUCAGCUUCAAGCCUAGCACCAAGUGCUACAGCGAGAGAGAGGUCAAAGGUCACCGCUCCCUCUUCCUGAGUAUUCCUGUGGAGAACUUUGAAGACCACAGCGCACCACCUUCCCCAGAAGAGAAGGACUCUGGUUUCUUCAUGCUGAGGAAAGACAGUGAAAGGAGAGCGACUUUACACCGAAUCCUGACUGAGGACCGAGAGAAAAUAGUGCUUCACCUGCUAGAAGCGCUCACACAGGGGUCUGAGGAGACCAAACUGAAGCAUCAGCAUGUCUCCACGCUGGUUACAAGUCUGGGAGAUUUUGUGAGGAUGGCGGACAGAAAAAUAAUUGCCAGCACCCUCUCUCAGCUCAAACUAGAGCUUGACUUUGACAGCACAGCGAUCAGCCAACUCCAGGUGGCGCUCUUCAGCUUCCAGGAUGCGGUAAAUAAAGUCCUGCAUAACCACAACAUAAAGCCGCACUGGAUGUUUGCUCUGGAUAACAUCAUUCGAAAGGCUGUACAGACUGCCAUCAUCAUAUUAGUACCUGAAUUGCGGCCACACUUCACGCUGGCGUCUGAGAGCGACCCCGCUGAGCAAGAGGACAUUGAUGACGACACAGUUCCCCUUAAGGAUAUAGCGCCACCUAUCGCUCAUCAUGACGACACUGUGGCCACAUCUGGAGUGAGCACGCUCAGUUCAACAGUUUCCCAUGAGUCUCAGAGCGCGCAGCGAUCGAGUAGCAUGGAGCUGGGUCGCAUGAAGCUAGAAACCAAGAGGCUGCUGGAGGAAUUAAUAGAGAAGGAGAGAGAGUAUCAGGCCAUCUUACAGCAAGUGCUGGAGGAGAGAGAACAAGAGAUCAAACUAUUGAAGAGUCGAUCCGGGCCUACUGAUGCUCCUGCACACUUCAUGAGCACAAGUAGUUCAUUGGAGCGAGAGGGAGACCAGGGACUUCUGGAAUGGCUUAAACACCACGGGGCCGAUGCAGAUUCCAUAGAGAGGAUUAUAUCUGAAGAUUACAGUCUCGAUGACAUCCUUCAUUAUGUCACAAGAGACGACUUGAAGACUUUGAGAUUACGAGGUGGAGUCCUAUGUAAACUCUGGAAGGCUAUCAGCGAGCACAGAAAGACGACAGCGAUAAAUAUGUGCCAUCCAGACCCUGCUCACGCGUUUGAGACAUAACCAAAUACUUAAUGGGAUCAAUUCAAGUCUUUGUGAUAAUUCAUAUCGCAUGUAAAUAUGUGUUUUACCUUUUUGAUUCGUCUGUGAGAUUGCAAUUGUACAUU